AUGUCAGCGGGCCCGUCAUCGGCCAAGCCGGCGCCGCCGAUGGCGCAUGCGACGGUGGAGCAGAUCAGGCAGUCCGCCUAUCGACAGUCCAAGGCGCAGAUCGAACAGGAGGCGAAGGCGAUUGUGGCCAUGCUCAAGAUCAACGUGCCUGCGAACAUCGGCGAGGCGUUUUAGGCGAUAGCCCAGAAGCGAAGCCUGGGAGCGCAUCUGAAGGUAGGCGGGGUGCGAAAUGGAGAAAGAGGGAUGCUCUCACACGGUGGGUAGGGUGGUGUUUGUAUGUGUGUGUGGGGAUGUCUGCAGCGGUCGGAGCUGCUGGCGUUGGUCAAGUUCAUCGGCAAGGACGCGUUGCACAUGAAGGUGAUGUACGAGGCGGACGGCAGAUCUGUGCUCCAAUGGCUACCGGAGUCGCAACAUUGAUGAGCUGAAGCGUCAGGAGCGAGGCCAGCAGCGACAGCUUUUGGCUGAGGGUGCAGAUCACUGGUGAGGUGACCAGAUGGAGGCGGGGGAAGAGAACACCGAGAAUACACACGGCUCUCUCGUUAUGCGUGUGUGUCUAUGCAGGUUGCGAAGGGGAUGUCAUUGCGCCUUGAGGCAUUGGCCGUGGCAGAUCAAUUCAUUGCCGGUGAGAGAAAGCGCCGAGCGGGCAGGAGGGUGCGCGUGCAUUGGCGUGUGGGUGUGCCUGUCAGACGUGUGCUUCAACGGGGAAGGACGUCGAUUUCCGACGAGUGCAGCCAUGGUCGACAGACAUGUGAGGGGCGACGCGCCGCCUCGUCGAGGUGAGCGAAUGCACGGUCGAGCUGGCAGAUGGCGAACCCCGCUCAUCGUCCGUUUGUGUGUGUGUGUCAGGUGGCGAACAUUUGGCGAUAAGAGUGUGCGCAGCGAUGGAGGGUUGCGAGAGGGUGGCGAUAUAG